GGCUCCCAGGCGGCGGCGCCCAUUUUGCCCGCCCGUUUACGCGGCCUACACUCUCUGGGGACAGCCCUGAGGCAGCAUCGCCGCGCGCCAGCCUCUCGAGCCUUUCGAAAUUCGGUCCUAAGAUAGUUAAGGUUUUAUUUUGUUUUGUUUUCAAGUUACGGCCCCUGAAUUUUGUACCACUCUCCCUGGACCACUUCCGCUUGCCGGCCCUUGCCUCGUAACUUUGGUGCGGGUGACCUCGGCCCCAGAUGCCCCUCAGCUCGCCCUGGGCUCACGUCCUGAUCCCGGCUUGACUGGCCCGAGGUGGGGGACCUGGAAGUUUUAGCCUCGCUGAUUUCGAGGCGGAUUAAUUAGCCCAAGAAACAUUAUAUUCAUGCUUAGGUGGAGAAAAGCAGGGCUAGAAUUGGAACUCAAAGCCCAGAAUGGCAGGAGAGGAUGUGGGGGCUCCACCCGAUCGCCUCUGGGUUCACCAAGAGGGUAUCUACCGCGACGAAUACCAGCGCACAUGGGUGGCCGUCGUGGAACAGGGGACAAGUUUCCUAAGGGCACGAAUCCAGCAAGUUCAGGUUCCCUUAGGUGACGCAGCUAGGCCAAGUCACCUUCUUACCUCCCAGCUACCUCUCAUGUGGCAACUCUACCCUGAGGAGCGCUACAUGGAUAACAACUCUCGCUUGUGGCAGAUCCAGCAUCAUUUAAUGGUCAGGGGAGUACAGGAGCUGUUGCUUAAGCUUUUGCCUGAUGAUUAACCUGGUGCUGGGAUUCUAGGAAGAUAUGCUCCUCUGUUCUGUUCAGUAUAUGGCAAUCACUUCAUCCACCACUGCAGUGCACCCAUCUGUGGGCCUGGGGGAGGGAGUGGGUUGAAAAACUGCUCAAGAACACAGAAGUUUAGGAAGGGCCAUGAAGAACACCGCAAGUGGAACUGCAGAGAGAGGGUUACACAGGCAGAAAGCGAGUCAACAAAAGCACUUAGUCAGGAUACGUAACUUGAAAUUUACUCCUUUGGAAGUUGCCAUAGAACCUUUAAUGGACAUCAUCAGCUGGAACUGGGAUCUGAUGAAUCCCACAAAAGUCAGCACCUGCUACAGAACAAAUGCUCUAAUCACCAAGGACUUGGUACUGAUUUAGAGAGAAGAGAGCAGCUUCUAGCAGCAUCAACAUCUAUUGGUCGUUUAUUUGCCCUGCAGCAAUUCACCUGCCUUUCCUUCUCCCAUCCUGUAAAUAUCGUAGGUUUUGCUCCAGUGUUUCCCAUCCCAGUACUGACCUAACUUGGAUCUACUGAGAACUUAGGGAGCUCUAGGGGAAAAAGGGUUAUUUGCAUUAAUGAAAUUAGCAACAAAGGCUCCUGGGCCUUUUUUCUUCUGAAAUUGUCUUCAAAUUAUUAGAAGUUGCUGAUCAAAAUCGUGGGCACUUAAAAUUAUUCUCUGGUUACAGAUAUUUUAAAUAAGCCUUUUCUGUAAGAGUUCUAAAAAACAUUUUAGCUGCUUAACUAGCACCUUUCUCGGGGCCAAAUAUUGCUGAUUCCUAGGAAAGCAUUGACUGCCUGAUAAUUUCCAGAGUUAAGAUAGUUAUAACAGUUUAUAUACAUUAAACCUUAGUUUUACUUUUUAAAAAUCUUAGGAACAGUAGCUACCAUGUAGCAAGUCCUUACUGCCAUCCAGGCCCUGUUCAGUGCACUUUGUAUACUUUAUCACAUUAAUUCUUCCCUCAGUGCUUUGAGGUAGGUAUGAUCCCCAGUUUACACGAAUAAUAAGGGGAAAGGCUCGAGGAACUUGAUCAUUUACCAAGGGUGGUUUUGUGAAUGAUAGAGCUGGGCAGUGGGCAGGCCCUUCAGGCUGUGGCGUUGGCUCCUCUAGCUCAACAUUGGUUUCAAUAUUCAGGAUAAAUUGGUUGAAGUCAGAGGUUUUUAUUUCCAUGUAAAGCUACUUAUAUCUUUCAAAUCAAAUGAAAUGGAUAUUAUAAAAAUACAGUUGAUUCAUCCUAUGAAUGGGAAGAGUAUUUUUCAGUGUAAUUGUGUUCCAGCAAUUGAAAGGGCAUACUACUUGUCUCUGAAGAAAAUUCCUUCUAGAGGGGCUUUAAAGUCUUUAUAAAGAAAAGACAAAAUAAAAAUCAUUUUUGUUAUUUUAGUGUUCUGGAUA